AUGGGACCAUGGCCGAGUGACGCCGGAGUCCUCUGUUUGGAGGUGGAGGAGCAAAGGAACGGCUGGAACAUCAAGAUGCCCAUCACGAGGGAGACCAUCGACUGGUGUCAGGUCCUUGAUUUUGAUGAGUGGUGCGUCCAUCCGACAGCGGGGGUGAGCCCGAUGCACUUCUACGUGAAGACUGGGCUUGCUCGUGAAGAUGCUUUUCUGCUGCUUGCAGCGAGGGACCGGCUGUCAACCUCCGUGCCACUGCUGCAGUACAACGCAGAGGACGCAUUCUUAGACAUACCCGAGAACAUCAUGAAGCUCUUGCUGAAGGAAGAGCUUGGGUUCACUCCUGCAGGGUCGGAUGAUGCUUCCAACCUCGGCUCUCUCAUGAAGGAGAGCGUGGAACGGACACUUGCGUGCCAGCCUGAAGACGCUGCAGACAUUCUUGAAAAGGGGCUGCAAACUCGGCAGUCUCGCCACGGAGACACUGCAGAGUUGCUGGAUCUGCUUGACCUUCCUUUUUUCAAGGAAGUCAUCAUGUCAAAGGAGGACACAAAGACCGUAGACGAUGCCCUCAAGACUGCAAAGGCGUCCGAGAAGAGAACUGCUUCGGUCGUGAAGACCAUAAGGGCGCUCAGAAGCAGCGUCAGCAAGGUUCCGCCCAAAGUCCGUCGCAAACCAGUCCAGUUCCAAAGUGACCGAUCUUGGGCCGUCGAGCAUGUCCAACAGCUGCUGCCAAAGGGGCACUACCGUGCAUACCGCGACUCGUUCAACGGCUGUUGGCGAAUCUUUGGACGCUACGGCUGGAGCCUGUCACGAAGCUGGGGUGCGGCUGGCAAGGAUGCUCCAAUCGUGCGAGAGCUCUUGGUCGCAGUGUGGCGGCGACACGAGUCGUUGCAUCCUGUGGAGUGUCCAUGGUCCUUCGACGAUCUCAGCUGA